UGCGGAACUCGAGCGAGUCGAGAACCGACGAGGACGGAAAAUAGAUCAAUAUACUCAGAUGUAGCAGCAGUGCCGCAGCUAAAACAGUGAUAACAAUUGAUCCUCAGCACAUAUAACACACAGAUACAACAUUCACACAUACAUCUACACACGAAUCGCGCGAAUCGAAUCCUCAACAUAUCAUCGCGGUAUCUUUGGAUUUCAACACCAGCAGCAGAAGAAGAAAUAAACCAGAAAUAGUGGAGCUACAGCAGCGACAAAAACAUCGGACAAUUCGGAUUUGGUUGAAUCCCGGAAAGCAGUUGGAGUUCAUUGAGAUUGGAAUAACGAAAGGAACAAAUAACGAAAUUGGAUGCAGAUACACGUUAUAAUCGAUUUCGGAACGACGGGGACAUCUCUCUCGCAAUUUAAUAAUAAACAAUGUUUUCGUUAAUGUUAAGUGGGUGUGAACUAAAUCGACUGCAACAACAAUGAUACCGGUUUCAUAAUAAUACGCCAACAAAAAAAACUAGUGCUAACCAGUAUAAAUAUAAAUAAAAAAGGAAAGAAAGGAGAAUCGUCGAAUGACAUCUUCAGCCUCCAGUUCAAAAGCAAAAAUAUAGAGAUAAUAAUAGCCACAAUCACAGGAAGACACAGAUAGUUUACAGUUAGAUCAAAUAGAUGGAUAGACACGCAGACUAGACUAUCUUUGCAGAACGAUUUCGACAUCGAUACAGCAAUACGGUUUAUACAUAUUUCCAAUCAAAAAAUUAAAGAUAAGAAAAUAAUAAAAAAAAAAAACGGGUAAAGAAAACGCAGGGAAAAACGUAAAAAUAUAAAUUAUAUCCGAAUAGAUUAAUAGACUAAACAUGAUUAGAUUAAUUAUAACAUCCUUAGUAAUUUUGUUAGUUUUGUUUUACGCUGAGGCGAGGUGUCGAAAAAGUGAGUCUUCCCGCAAAAGUUUUGCGAUAAUAUUGUUAGCAAUAAUUACAUUAACAUAUGCGGAAUGCCAAACGCGGCAAAUCUUCUGCUACGAAUGCGACAGUUGGACGGACAUAAGAUGCAAGGACCCGUUCAACUACACCCUUCUCCCAAAAGAUCAGCCGCCGCUCACCACCUGCAACGGAUGCUGCGUGAAGAUGGUCCGGCACGCAAAAACACCGUACGAAGUCGUCCGAAGAACGUGCACAUCUCAAUUACAGAUAAACUUAUUUAUGGUAGAUCAUGUGUGCAUGAUGGAAAGUAGCGGCACUGGUCACAUGUGCUUCUGUGAGGAGGACAUGUGUAAUAGAUCACCAAACCUAAGGCCGUCCAUCCUGAUUCCCGUCGCACCGUUCCUCGCUUAUCUGCUACGAGUGUGCAUGAUGAAUAGGUAGACCAGUUCAGUUUGAAGCUACAGUAGAUACUAAAACAUACUAAAACAAACAAUAAUUAAUGAUGAAACGAAGAGAACGUAGAACGUAGAUCAUGAAAAUGCUUUAAUUAACACGAUACAAAAGCUUCCAGUAGUGGAUGAUUAAAGCAUUUUUUUAUAGGUCCUUUUUUCUUCGAGGAGGAAAACACACACUCAAAACAAAACAAAACAAAAAAUAACUUUUCACCAUCCGCAAAUCCCAAACACGAAUUUAAUCACUUGGAAAAAAGCUACAUUCCUCUACUCUUGAAUACUUGCUGCAACAACAAAAAAUAGUUAGAUUAUGACACACACACACAAAAAAACA